GAAAUUCUUUAGUAGAAGAAGACAGCAGUCUGAAGCGGCUAGAUCAAUGCUAGCAAGGUAACACUAAUGCUUGUUCUCUCUGUUGGACGUUUUUCCCUAUUAAUGACUCGACAUGGGCAAGAGAGACAAUCGAGUGGCUUAUAUUAACCCCAUUGCUGCUGCACGAGCCAGAGGACCGGUACAGAACUCUGGACCAACCAUCCAGGAUUAUUUAAGCAGACCUCGACCAACAUGGGAAGAACUAAAAGAGCAGCUAGAGAAGAAGAAAAAGGGCUCUCGAGCUCUGGCUGACUUCGAGGACAAAAUGAACGAGAAAUGGAGGAAAGAGCUGGCAAAAAACAGAGAAAAAUUGCUAGGUGGAAGUGACAAGGACAAAGAAAAGGACAAAAAAACAACCGACAAAGAAAAAGAGGAGAAAAGGGACAAAAAAGAGAAAAAGAAGAAAGAGAAGAAGAAAUUUAACAGGCAUUCUUCAUCUUCCUCCUCCUCAUCGAGUUCUGAUUCCUCCAGCAGCUCCUCCUCAGAGUUUGACGAUGAGGACGAAAAGAAGAGCAUGAAGAAGAAGCGCAAGAGAAAGAAGACAUCGACCAGGAGACCAUCGGAGAGCUCAGAAGAAGAAUCCGAUGCUGAAAGCAAGAAAAGGAAAAGAAUGAAGGAAGAAGUGGACAAAGACAAGGAUGAGAAGGCUCGGAGAAAAAAAAGGAAGGCUGAAAGAAGUCAUAAAGAUUCAUCCUCAGAGUGGUCUGCUGACUCGGAUGGGGAAGAGAUGACUGAAGACAAGAAGAAAAAGAGAAGUAGUGAGGAAAAGGAGAAAUUCGCAGACAAAUCCAAGAAGAAAAGGAAAAAGAAGCACAAGAAACAUGGCAGAAAAAAGAAAAAGAAGACAGCGUCUCAGUCAGACUCAGAGCUCGACUAGGAACCGUAUCUUUGUGGUUCUCUCAUCCUCCUUACAGAUCACCAGUAGUGUCAUUUUUGCCUUUGACUACCAAAAAACUUCUCCCAUCCAGCUUCGGUCAUCGCACUUGAACAAGGAGACCUAUGGACUUGCUGGAUUGCAGCGUGCGAAGUGAAAAUGAGGGAUGCACCGUCCCUCUUGAGUGACAACUACCGGUACAUAUCUUUCGUUGCUUUUUUUUUAUCAUCAUGCUUUUUGUAGAUUAUAGUUCAUUCAGUUACACUCAGCAACAGGACUGAAGUGAUUUCCACAUUUUCCCACCCUUUUUUUUUCUUUUCAUCAUGGAGGUUUCAGAGUGCCUGGCACUCAUCACCACUUUCAGUAUGCUGGUCCUCUCUAGGAGCUGCUUCCUCUGCUUCAUACCCAACAUCUCCCAUUGCUACAUGAGGCUGAUAUGCUAGUGCCUGUGUCAUGCAUGUAGACUCGAUGACCUGAUGUCUCGCCAGCCUCAUAUUGAAGUUGGAUCUGUUAUAAGAAAUGUGAGCUACACAGUCGACGGUAGUGCUGGGCGAUAUGGAAAAAAUCAUAUAUCACGAUAUGGAUUAUUUUAUAUCAUGAUAACGAUAUAUGUGACGAUAUACCAAAACAAAGUAUGUUUUCAGUUAUGCUCUGAAAAGUUUGACAAAAAUUUCAUUGCUUACUUUUCUCCAUGAAACUUUAACCUGUUGCUAGGGCUGGACCCGAAUAUUCGGUCCCCAUGGUGGUGUGCGGAUAUUAAUUUUGAGAUCCGAAUAUUUGCCCCAUCCUACCUCCACCCCCACCCCCCGUCAGGCGGGGUGGGGGUGGAAAAUUCGGCUCUUUCCUCUGUUAGCUCACCGCCUCUGACCUCACGGACGGAACCGAAUAUUCGGGUCGUUCCUCCGUCCGUCCGUCAAAUCCCCCCCCCCCCCCCCCCCCCCGACCUCGGACGUUAAGGAGGGGACCGAAUAUCCGGAGCCCAGAAACUGCUAUUCGGGCCAGCCCUACCUGUUGCACGUCCAUCGCUCAGCACUCAUGAGUUAAGUAACUUAAAGCAUGUCGCAAACCCGCGUGAGAAUCAAAGAACGUAAAGCAGCGUCAUGUCGCAAAAACCACAAGACGGAGUUUCUUUGCGAAAAAUCUCUUUUUUAUUCUUUAUGCAUGCAUAGUGACAAGAAAACACUAAUACAAUCGUCACAGGCUAUUUAAUGACCAAUUUGCUGUAAUAAUUGAUAAAAUUAGGUUAGAAACGAUAGAAGAGAAAUGGCACGAUAGACAUUUUUCUAUCGUUCUCAUGAUAUGUAUCGUCAUAUCGCCCAGCACUAGUCGACGGUAAUACAAGGGAUAAUUGUUUUAUUAGAUGAGUUGUUACACUGCAGUGUAAAUGUAUAAACAAUGGAAUUCAUUAAUAAAGUAUUGUUUUAGCCUUU